CAGGCACCUGUGUGCGCUCCCUAAUAAUUUAACUACAUAGGAGGGCACUUUCGCCUCAGCGUCAACUUUGUAUGAUGUGACGAUCUCGACGAUGUGUGCUGUACUUUCGCUUUCAAUUUAAAUGAACCGCCGAGCGGCGGCGCACAGACUGUCGAAGCACGUGGGUUAUAGAUUACAGAAUAAUAACAACAAUGUUGAAAGUCCUGUUUCCUUGGAAGCAGAACAAUACAAAAAAGGUGCUCUCUGCAAUGGAACAAGCUGUGAAAGAAGCAGAGCCAGCAGCUGAUGAACUACCACCCGAUGAGCUCCCCUUGCUGCCUUGCCAUGUCUGCAAUAGGACUUUUCUACCGAAACCACUCAAAAAACACAUUCCUAUAUGCGAACAGACAGCGCGAAAGAAACGUAAACCAUUCGAUUCGCUCAAACAGAGAGUGGAGGGUACCGAUAUGGCGUCUUUCUACCAGAAGAGUUAUUUGAAGAGGAGCAACCCAGAAAUGAGCAGUCAGACUCAAGCUGGUGACGUUUAUGGAAGUAAACAGAGCAAGUGGAGAGAGAAACACUUCGAACUACAAAAAACGAUCAAGCAUGCAAAAGGUUCGAAGACAGAUAUGAAUCCAAAUCCUCCCUCAAACAUCACGUCCAUAACUCCGAAUAGGAAAGCGGGUCAUCUCACAGUCAAUCACAAUUCUGCGAACGAGCGUUGUCCGGUUUGUGAUCGUUCUUUUGGACCUAAAGCAUUCGAUCGCCACGUUGAAUUCUGCAAAGAACAGAAGAACAGAGUUCAGGUGCACAAAUCUCCUGCCGUAGUUCAACAGGCCAAAGAGAGAUUAGAAGCUAGGAUCAAUUACAGGGUACCACCACUGAGACAGUCAAAACGAUCGCUGGUCCGCGAUAAGUACUCCCCCUCAAGCCAAACGAGUUUGUUGCUUCGGUCAAAUUCGAUUGUUUCGGGUAAAAGCACAACAUCGUUAUCUUCAUCUGUGACGGCUAUGUUACCAAAUAGAAGACCAACAAUUAAAAACAACGAGAAAAAUAUCGAACGAAAUAAUAAGAAAGAGGUAACGAGCAAGACUAGGUUAGACAAAACAAUAGGAGACUGUGGAGAUUCUAAAGAAUUGACCAAGAACGAAAACAACACCAGCAAAAAUUUUCAAACCAAACGGAUCAUCCCCGCGAAGAAAAUAAACAAAACAGAAAUAAACGACGGCCUUCAGGGCUUAAAAGUUUCGAGUUUGUGCGUGGAGAAGGACAAGAAACUGGUUACUUGGAAGGAUACGGUCCAAUCUCAACCGAAGCUCACAACUUCUAUUUCGCUGACAUCUACCAUUGGGGGUAUGAAGAAAAAGAUCGUUCAUACCAGCAAAGAAGAAGAAUCGCGGACGGUGAAAGAUUUGCAUAAAGUGCCUUCCUUAGGAAAAGUGGUAAGGAGCAGGUUGUUAUUGGAAAAGUUGAACAAAUACGUUUCUAAAUCAAAAUUAGAAGAUCCCGAUCCUGAUGAACUUGACCUGACGAUCCCUGAAAAUAACCUCAAAAUUGACACCCUACUGAAAAAAACAGAUUUUCCUGAGACCAACGAACUGGAAGAAGCUAUAUAUAACGAUGAUAUAUCGGAAAUUUCGGAACUCGCCCAUAUCAGUGAAGAAGGAGAAGUGGAGGAUGAAUCUACCAAAAAUUCCACGGGACUUGAUUCAGAAAACGUUCGUAGAAAGGUUUCGUUCACUGCGGACUGUUGCAGAGAGGAAAAUGAUUUGAACGUGACGAAAGAUAUCGAGAACAGCGCUAUCGGAAAAGAGAAUCUCAAACAGAUGCUGAAUGGUAAAGAAAAUUUCUUGAAUAAAUACAACAUCAGCUCCGACGAUACCUCCGAGCAGGAAUAUCCAAUCAAGGAGAUCGAAAAUGAAGAACAUAAAGAUGAUUCUGGAGAUGAUACGAAAACGGAAGAUACCAGUAGUCUAUGCCUUCGCCUUCCUCUUGAGGGUUUGGAAUCUAAGGUCAAAUUAAAGAACAACGAUUUGGAUCCGGAAGAAAAACUGAAAAAGAACAUCAAGAGCUUUUAUGAGAUCAUGAAAACGCGGAGAUAUAACGCGGCGAAAAAUAGGGAACAAUUGUGUUUGUUAGAAAGCAGCAAAGACAUGAGCUUCCAUCUUGACUUGACGCCUAGGAAAGCUGUUUCGCCCAUAUCUUCGAAAUCGGCAGAAAAAGUUGAGCAAAAAUUUGAAAACAACGCUAUAAGCGAAGUAAUUGUCAGGGAACUUGAGUCUGAACUUGAAACUGCCCAAUUGGGACCAGAAGAUUUCCUUUCGAGGAAUAAUUCAGUAACAAGUCAAACGAAAAUUAAGAUCUCCCAGAGUGCAGACUGCAGGUCAGAUAAAAAAGUUAAAAACAAAGUAGCAUCCAUACAUGCUAAGAUAUGGAAAAGAAGAAAGAAGUUGAGAAAAUGUCGCAUGUGUAUAAAAUGCUUUGAAAGAAACAGGGGAAUUUGCAGAUGGAAUAGUCUGUACUCACAAAGCAACAGGGUGAAACAGUUGAAUUCACCAAAUCAGGAAACUUCAGAGUAUGAAAGCAUAUUAGAUAGUCCUCAAACCUUAGAAGAGUUACCAUGCGAGAAGUUAUCGAAAAAAUCUUCCAUAUUAGUCGAUGUUCUUUUGCCAAAAAGCAGAAGUUCCGAUUGUUUAGCGACUGAACAGUCCAUGUCCGAAAAGAAUAGGAAAUAUUCAUCGAUCCCGAGGAACAUGAUUUUCUACAGUCUGCCGAAUAUCAGCAUCCUUGGGAGCUAUGAGAUGAAACCCGCUAACAACAGACUUAGCUCUGAUAACUCAUUCGACAACGUGGUUCCAAGAAAAAGGCGGAAAAUCAGUGCGUCGUAUCUCAAUCUAUCGUCGGACGGUGAGAGGGAUGAAGUGCAAAAAAAUUUGAAGCAGAAUAUUAGCAGGAUAAGAAGGAGAAAGAAUGAAGAAGAACCGCCGCUCAUAUUGAACUAUCAGAAGAUCGGUCUUUGCGGUAGUAUGACCUGUCCGGCAGACGUUUUGUACAUGAAUGAAGUUUUUACAUCGUCUGUUACACCAGAAAGAAGCGAAUUAGAAUCGGUUAACGAAUUCGAAGACGAUGGAAUCCAGGAGUAUGGGGACGAAGAGCUUGAAGAAUGGGAAGCUGCUGAAGAAGAACUCCGAAAAGAAAUCGAAAGAAACAAAAUUUUGGCGAAAUGCGAAUCACCAACGAAGUUAUCGAGACCUGGCAUUGAAAAUUCUACAAAAGAAGAAAGGAAUAACAACCCACAGAGCAUUUCCGAUGCCUUUCGAAGUGAAUCCUUGAAAACACUUAAGAAUAGUUCAGCAUGUACAAUUGUGAAUAUUACGGAUGAAAAAAAUAAUUCUGCUAGAAAUGUUUCUCUUCCAAUAUUAGAAGAAAGUAGUGGAAUUGGAAAAGAUGCAAACCAUUUAGGAUGUAUCAACAUAACAGAGAGCCCGAACAGAGCUACUCCAGUUGAAAUAAAAGAUAUUGCCAAGAUACCCUGUCGUCUUCCUAGAAUCAUUCCAAAAAAUAAGGACUCUACUUCUUGUAGACCCCAUAAACAAUUAAUUGGUGAAGGAUUGAAACUCCCUGCGAUAGUGAAUCUUAUUUCAGUGAAGGAUAUGUGCAUUGAAGUCGACAUGCCGAGUGACAAACUGGUCCAAGUGCCAAGUGAGGAAGCGAAGGAGUCAAUUUCAUUCUGCCAGCAGACUAGCAGAAUAAUGGUUGAUGACAGUUCCAGUUUCAACAGACAAGAUUCGCUGAACAAUGCAGAGGAAGGUUCAAGUCCGGCAAUAACAACAAACAACAUUAACUACGAUCCGUUCGAGAAAGCCCACCUCCAACUCAUGGAACUCAUUGAGGACGAUAACAACAGCAUCACAUCUUCAACAACAUUGCAUAGCAACACGAUGAGUGCAAGGUCCACUCCCACCAUCGAGUUCAAUCCGUUCGUCACCGCAAGCUCCACGCCCAAACUGAAGCCUGAAACGAUUCAUGAAAUAUCUAGCGAAAAGCGGGCUUCGGUAAUAGAUCCACCUUACCAUUUCCAGGACAACAGGGCGAGUAGGGAUAUAGAAAAAGAGUUCGAACUGUUGGAAAGCCUCAUGAACAACAACCUUGACGAGGUUUCAGAUCGAGCAAUGUCGGAUUCUGAUAAGCGAGCUUCUAUUCCGAGCAAAUAUUUUCCAGAAGAAGUAGACGUAAUCGACCCUAAUCUGAUCAACGCGCAUGACAAUUUGGUCAUUCCGGUAAAUCUACCUUCUGACGAACACUCGCCAAAUUGUAUUGUAGAAUACCGUCCUAUCGCCAAGCGGCUCGAUGACACGAAACAAACAUCGAAACGACAUUCGCGCCUAAACCGUCGUCCGACUAGGUUAGCGAUAAAACCGACAACGCAGCCAUUGCCUUGCAUACGACCAGACCAGGUGAGGCUAGCACCCGAUGGCUCUUCGGCAGAGUCGCAGACCAGAGAGUUACGCCGGGCGUCUCCGAAGUCGUAUCAAACAAGUAAGGUUAAGAGUAAAAUGAGAAUUGAUUUUAGCCCAGAAUCACAGAAAAGCACCAACAGUCGAAGGUUUGGGACCAGCAAUUUGAACAAGCAGACCGAGCUGGACUCGAGAAAGGGUUUAGCUGAAGGGGUAGAGACCAUUUCGUUGAAAGAGGAAACGUUCAGCUUUGAUAGAACACCAACUGCAGAAGAACUCUAUCCGGACAAUCCAAUGAUGUAUGAGGAGUUCAGAAAAUAUGAAGAAAUGUAUCGAAGAGAGAAGAAGGGAAAUAGUAGUUCGUCCAAAAAACAGAGGAAAAAAACACCUGAUUUCGGUAUAAAUAUUGAAGAUAGCGCUAACACAUAUGGGGACUCAGCUUAUGGAAGUUUAAGUCGAAAACGGCAAAUAAUUGAACAUGACAGUUCGGAUCAUGUGGAAGAAUUGGUUGAAAAAGUGCUCGAAACUGCAACGAAUCCUGGGGAGAGACUUCCAAAAUAUUGUCACGAAUGUGGAAAUAAAUAUCCUGUCCUCACAGCUAAGUUCUGUGUCGAAUGUGGUGUGAAACGACUAAUUUUGUGAUAUUUAAUUGGAUAAAAUUAGAAAAUACUUCCAUUAUGUGCAAUAUCUAGACAGCUAUGUAGCUCUUUCAAUAUUUUUUAUAUUUGCUGAAGUCAUUUUUAUGUACACAUUUUAUCGAUUUUGACAAUCUGUAAGUUCAUUUUAAUAUACUGCUUAUUAUUCUACUUCAUUUAAGAGUUCAACACGCGUUUUUUGUGUAACCAUAAAUUUUUAUUUUUUGAAGAACAAGUUCAUUUUAUUACCAUUUAAAAUUUUCAAGUAUUGUGCCAGUAUAAAUCAAUCAGGAUGGACUGAAUUUGUAUGUUGGAUUUUUGUUCGACUUCCAACGGCCAACUCGAAAGUAUAAAUAAUCAUCAGAUGUAGUAUGAAUUUAAAACCUUGAUUGAUUGUUUAUAGCUAGUUCAUUAAAUGGAAAUAGACUAAUGCAAGUAAAAUUUCGACAUCAAUUAAUGUUAUGUGAUAUUUAUACUUAUUUCCUCAACAAAAAAGUAAUGGCAUGUAUUUUGUAUUCGACUGUAUCAUCACACUUUUCUUUCUUAUAACUGAAUAAAUUUUCAACUUCA